GUCUCUUUCUCUCUCUUUCUCUUUCUCUUUCUCUUUCAGUCUACAUGACUGGCACUGCACUAGUGUUCCUCACUUCCACUCUCAGUCUCAUGUUCAAUAUCCUCAACGGAGCAUUCAUCAGCCACUAAACCCUCACUCUAAACCUCUCUCUUCCUUAAACCAUUUUUCUUUUUCCUCAUCUCUAUCUACAGUCUCUCCCAUUUUCUUCACCACUGGUUCCAUCACGCAAUGCCCUGCUUCUCUCUAUACAGAAUUCCCAAAGUAAACCCACAAAUAUCUCUCCUUUGCUUGCAGAUUUGAACUCUAAACCCACUCAAGCAUCACUCAUUGUUCAGAGUAAUCUGCAUGUUUUGGCUUUUUUUCUGAAUGGGUUUGAACAAAUUUUCGCGGGUAGUUUUGCUCUUUGGGUUCUUUCUUCUUCUUUGUGUCAAAUGUCAAAGUGGUGGUUCAGAUGUCUCUGUGAACUUCUUGAAGGUUCCUCCUGCAUUCUCAAAUCUUAACUCCGUUAAUUUUAGUUUUGAAGUUCUGGUGGGUGGGAAUAGCCUGAAUGAGAGCACUUGUAGCAACUGCAGCAUCAAUUGCAAGCUGGAUGAUGGCAUCUCUUCAGAUUGUCAAGCUAGGAAUGUUUCAUACGCAGACUUACAAGAUGGAAACCAUACAUUUGAAGUCUGUACCAAUGGUUCUGGUGGAGCUGGCUGUGCUAGCUAUAACUGGAUUGUUGACACAGUACCCCCUACAGCAUAUGUUACAGCUUCAACAUCCUUCACAAAUGCUCUCAAUGUUUCUGUUAAUAUCACUUUUAGUGAACCUUGUACCGGUGGGGGUGGUUUUGCUUGCUCAUCUGUGAAUGCCUGCAAUCUUCUUGUGUAUGGCGCUGGCCAAGUUAAACCAUCUACACUGAAUGUUCUUCAGCCAAACCUUAGAUUUUCUCUUCUCGUCGGUUUGUCUUCCAUUGUUCAGUAUGGACGAGUAAUUCUGGUACUGGACAAGAAUUUCUGUACAGAUAGUGCUGGAAACAAAUUCACAAGAAUGGAAAACUCUAGUUUCUGCGUGCAUUUUGAUAGAAGGAGGGUGUUCGUGAACUUGAGGACUCAUAUUCCCGAAAAACUACUUCAACUUAAUGGUGAAACUAGAACCGUGCAGGCAACUAAUAACUAUGAGAGUCUGAAGGUGUAUUUGUACUUCUCAGAACCUGUUCUCAAUUCAUCUGCUCAAAUUCUUGAGUCUCUCAACAUAAGCCCAGGCUUUCUUCAUCCAGCUAGCAUAAAUAGCCUUGGGAAUCGUAGAUUUGGAUUUUUGGUUGAAAAUAUAUCAAGCACAGCAAUAGUCACAGUAAGCCUUGAUUCAAACUCCAUAAUAAGCAGACAAGGGGCCCCAGUUUCUCCAGUUGCACCUGUUACUUUCCUUUAUGAUUCUCAUAGGCCUGCUGUGAGGUUGAGUACAACAUCAAACAUGAGGACAAGAGAACGCUAUAUCCCAAUUUCGAUAAAGUUCAUGAAGCCUGUAUAUGGCUUCAACUCUUCUCAUAUAUCAAUCUCAGGAGGCCAUUUGCAGAGCUUUUCUGAAGUAAGUAGGAGCAUGUAUGCUGUUGAGAUACAAGCUGAUGAUGACACUGUAUCUGUCAAUGUUCCUGAAAACAUUACAAGGGACAUUGCUGGAAACAAGAAUCUAGCAUCUAAUGUUCUACAAGUGUGGCACUAUUCAGUGCCUAAGAUUUCUUCUGUGCUUUCCAUUUUUGUCACUACGUCAUUUGUGGCGGCAUCCUUGGCUGCGGCCCUGCUCACUGUUUCAACUGCAAGCCUUCAAUCUGUUGGGGCCUUUCCACAACCGUCUUUGUUUUUGACAACUGAUCCUGCAAGGAAUCUCUUUAGAAUUGCCUGCCACAUUCAAGUUUUUGCACUGUCUAGAUGGUUGGCAGUUACUCUGCCUAUUGAAUACCAUGAAUUUGUGAGGGGUUUACGGUGGACUAUCCCUUACUUCAGUCUCCCAUGGGAAACAGCACACUUUCACCCAGUCAUGGUGGGUUCUGGCCCCCCUAACGUCCCAUAUUCAGCCAUUUCCACCAGCAAUGUCUUUGGAAUUUUUAAGAGCAUGCAAGCAGAAGAAGAGGAUUUGGAGAUGGCUGCUUCUGUAUAUGGGUUGCCGCUUACUCCGAUGGAGUACAGAUCUUUUUUUGAGAGCCAGAAUACUAAACCAGAAGCUGAGUAUAUUAUGGAUCUGCAAAAUUUAAAUGGGUGGAGGGAUUUCACUAGAAGCAUGUUUUGGUUAGCUGGAAUUGGUGGAAGCUUUAUCCUGUUGCAUUUUUUACUCCUCUUUAUUUUAAAAUUCAAGAGCUCAGAAAAACAGAGAUGUUAUGGAGCACUUACAAUACCAAGAUUUGAGAUAUUUCUUAUAAUUCUCGCACUACCUUGCAUCUGUGAAGCCUCAGCCUCUCUAAUUCAAGGAGGAGCACCUUCAGAGAUCACAGUUGGAAGUUUGCUCUUGGGUGUUGUAUUCUGUCUAAUGCUUGCCCUAUUCUUGUUCCUCUCAAUUGGAAUUACAUUUGGGAAGUUACUACAGUACAGGGAAGUCCACCAAGAAGGCAGGAGAUUUCAUUGGUACCAAGAUAUUGUCCGCGUAACUCUGGGUCCUGGUAAAAGAGGUCAAUGGACAUGGAAGAACCAACCAAACUCUCUUCAUUGUAUCAUGUUUGGCCCUCUAUUUGAAGAUCUAAGGGGACCCCCAAAAUACAUGCUUUCACAGAUUGCUGGGGCAAACCCUCGCAAGCAUGUCGACCAGAUAAUUGCCUCUGAUGAUGAAACAGAAGAUGCAGAAGCACCUUUCAUGCAGAAGCUGUUUGGGAUGCUCAGAAUAUACUACACUUUGCUUGAAUCUGUGAAACGGGUUUCUCUUGGAAUUGUGGCUGGUGCCUAUUUUGAGAACUGGUCUUCUAAAACUCCUACUAUUACCCUAUUAUGCAUCACCUCUUUUCAACUUUUUUUCCUUGUUCUCAAGAAGCCUUUUAUUAAGAAAAAGAUUCAGUUGGUUGAGAUAAUCUCGGUUGCCAGUGAACUGGGCAUUUUUGCCUCCUGUUUGGUUCUCUUAGAGAAGGAAUUCUCAGCUGGAGAUGGUACAAAAGUUGGAAUAUUCAUGCUUUCAUUAUUCUUUGUUGGAUUUUUUGCACAAAUGGUGAAUGAAUUGUAUGCUUUGUGUAGACAAACCAAGCAGCUUGAUCCUAUGGGGAAUUCUUUGUUAUCAGGGCUGAAAACUGCUUCAGUUGGAUUUCUCCUGUUUUUCAUCCCACAGAAAAUGAUCAAAAACUUGGAAAGCAGGUUCCCAGUGAACUGCCGGAAGGAAGGAGAAACUAGGGAUGGUGUUCCUCCUGGCGACAGGGGUAGGGUCUCAGAGAGUAGGAGCUCAGGCACGACAAACAGACCGUGGCUGCAACAACUAAGAGAACUAGCAAAAGCUGGCUUUAGUAAAGAAGGAAGUGAAGUUAUUACUGACCCAUCAAGUGGUGGUGCCAGAUGGAGCGGAAUUUUGGGUGGCAAGAAGAGUGGGAACUCAUCAGUAUCCUCAGCAGAUUUCAAGUCAAAACCACAUGGGUUACACAAAGAUUUAAAAGCUAUUUUUUCAUCCAAGUGACGAUUGGUUCGGAGCGCAAGAUUUCUCUUGUCGAGCUUAAUAGCUGUUAUCAGCAACCCAUUUCAACCAACGUUAUCUCACAUAAACCACUCCUUGAAAAUUUUAGAUGUUCAUUUUUGAGCAGUGGUUGGUUGGUUUAGGAAUUGUUAGGUGGAACUGUUGUAAUCCACGCUUUUUUUCUAUGAAUAAAAUUAGUAUCAUGGAUA